UCAUUAGUCAGUAGCUGGCGGAGAGGACUGAGGAAGUGUCGUGGUUUCUGCUUUUAGCCUCGUUUGUAGUUUAAGUUGGUUUUAAUAACCUGAAUAGUUUUAAAUACUUGUGGCCAAUUCCGUAUACAAUGAACAUUAGGGCGUUGUCGCAUAAUAGUUUCGGUUUAAUAUGAACAACCCCGAGAAACCGAUUCAGUGCCUACGCGUUCAAUAGUAUAAUGGAAUAGUGCUUAGUGUCCUGCUUUAAGCAUCUUAAAGUUAGUGCACCGUACCUCAUUUUUGGAUGUAUUAGGUUUUAAGACAACCAUGUCUGGUAGAAAUAUCCCGGCAGAUAAGGUGAGACAGUGUCAGACAUUAUCUCGUACCUAGCCUUAUUCCAAAUUACUCAUAUGUAUGAAUAUGUUGGUACGUUUCAAAGCACUGGUAAAUUUAAUGGUUGUUAAAGAACGAACGUUCCAAUGGUCCAAAAGAUUAAUCUUCGUUUAAUUCUUGUCAGUGGUAAAACAAAAGAGUUCCUCUUCAGCCCCAGCGAUUCGGCGGGAGACAUCGCACAGUAUGUUUUCGAUAACUGGCCAGAAGACUGGAGCCAAGAGUCGGUUUCGAAGGCUGAAAUCCUCAGGCUCAUUUACCAAGGUAGAUUUCUUCAUAGCAACGUGACAUUAGGAGCACUUGGAUUACCAUUUGGAAAGACGACAGUUAUGCACCUCGUGCCAAGAGAAAAUCUUCCAGAACCAAACUCGCAGGAUCAACGACAAAAGAGCAAAGGGGGUAGCAGUAGCUGUUGUUCGGCAUCCUGUUGCAUUCUGUAAUGGGAAUGGAGUCGUGGAUGUUGUACGAAACGGUGACGAGUUAAUUGCCAGUCAGAAGCUGCCGAAAAUACAUAAAAAUAAAGAAAAAAAACUGUGUUUUACUAAGUUCUUAAAUAAUUUUUUUUAUAUAGCAGUACCUACUAUUACUAUUAUACAUAACUACUACAUCGUCGUAAAACACAGUGAAUGUUGUGAUAUUGGUUAGUGUGUAAAAAUAUAACAUUAUAAAUAUUCUGCAAAACAUACUCGCGUGCCAGACCAGAGUGUGUACUAAGGUUCAUAUUGAAUAAAUUCUUGCUACACCCAUUAUCAUCGUAUGUCCUUAGUCUAUUUAUAACCAUAAUUGUGUAUAGUUUCAUAUUCAUUUAAUACCAGUAGGCUAAUGUUAAUAUUCUAUUGACUCGUUUUAUUUACAGUAUUAGUUACUAUUAUUAUUUAAUGAUAAAAAAAAAUUUUAGUUCAAUUCUAAAGGCAAUUUUUUGAUUUGAUUAUAAUAUUAAUUUUUUUCGUUCUAUUCUUUCCUUGUCAUUCGAUUGCAUUUUUUUCUUAUUUCUAAUUUUAAUUUGCAAAACUGCCGUUUAAUUUACGUAAAAAAAAGCUAAAGUGAAAGAAAUAUUUGUGCUUAGAAACGCGUUUUAUAACGUAGAUGUUUAAGAAAAAUUCAAAAUGUUUCAAAAGAAAAAGUUGCUGUGUACAUAAUAGCAUUUUAAUUGUUUCUUUUGUAACUAAACUGUUUAAAAUAUGACAUGUAAUUUUUGAAUUUUAAAAUUGUUACCCAUGUGCAGGGUGAUUAUGAAAUGGCUUUAGACAAAUAGUCUUGUAAUUUGUAAAUAUCAUUGAUCUCAAGCGUAAAGAAUUUCAAUUUUAUGUAGUACAACAAAUAAUGUUAUUUGUUAUUGUAUUUUCUUUAUUAAUAUAAUUAUUAGUUGUAAAUGUGACAAUAUUCAAUUUUAACUUUCGUUAAUUUCAAAAGUAGAGUGUACAGGGAAACCCAAGACUUGUUUAUUACAUUAAUUAUUAUUUUUUAGUUUAAUUUAGUUAAAAUUCUUAACGUGGUUAUCAUAACCCGUUUAUACAAUUUGUAGAUAAAUGCUUUUUGGUCACAUCACAAUGUACGAUUUUCAAUAAAUAUUCUUGGGAUUUGUAAGCAACUAGGUAAUUGUAACGCUGUGAUUGUAGAAAAAUUAAUGGGUUAUCCUGUACAUUUUGUAAUAUCUUCACCUUAUAAUGGCUAUUUAGUUUUCAACCUAAAAGGUCUUUCUUCUUUAGAAAAAUAAUCGAGGCAUUUGAGGCAUUUGUAACUAGCUUUCUGAUGCCUGUUCAUAGAAGUUUUAAGGUCAGAUAGUUCGCCUUUGGUGGGAAAGUCUUGUCCAUACAACCAUAUAUUCAAUUGUCGAAAACAGAGAAAAUCACUCGAUUGUGAGAUCUGCACUAUACAGUGGAUGUCCAAAAAGUCCCACUUAAAUUGUUUGAGAUAGUCUGUUGUUAUGUUGGUACAAUGAGACCGUACAGUGUCAUGGGUCAACUACCGUAUAGUCCAGAACUUGCACCUAGAGAUUUUCGCCUCUUUCGACAAUUAAAGGUGUAACUUGGUCUCAAAACUUUUAUGAAGAGAGCAUCGGAAAGCUGGUGUUGGAAAAAUAAAUAAGACACGUCUAGGUUGAGAAACAAUAGCCCUCGUAUUAGGGGAAUUUGAAGCAAAUACGUGAAUUUUUAGUUGAACUGUGGUUACGUUAUAAAUUUUGUUGUCUGUGACUUUUUGCAUCACCCUGUAUACUGCGUGUAUGAAGCUUUUACUUGUGUCCUUUAACGAAUUUAAAUAAGAACAUACUCAGCCCUUUUAACGUUAACGAGGAAAAAAAACGGACCAGAACUAUGUACAGUUCUUUCCUACAGUACACAUACAUAAAUAAAUAAAAUACAAACAUUCGCAGAAGAAAAAAUGUACGUA